CUUUUUUACUCUCUCCUUCCUUCAAUUUGCGCUAUAGUUGUUAUCUCUUCGAAUUCAGCCAGUUAACUAGCGGCAAAUGUGGAAACUAAACCUACGACACCUCAGUAGUCAGCCAGAGAGCAUCCCUUCACAGACAAGCGGCAGACGGCUGACACUACUCCACCGCACAAAAACAUCGAUUCCAGAAUUUGCCCCGCUCCAGCGCACAAUGAGCCUGCCUGAAAUUGAAAUCUACUCCGAAGCAGCAGACGGCCCAUCAGACGAAAUAUUCUCUGGGUACAUGUCCGACUCGACAUGCUUAUCACCAAAGUCUGGUAAGCGGCGGCUGCGCAGGGACACGGGGUGCAAGGGUGCGGACAGCAUGGCCACCAAAGUGACGAUGCACUCUUCUCAGCAGAAAGACACGCCUGCGACCUAUGUCCAAGGCGGUACAAAUGGCAGAGUUUGGCCCACAGCCAACAAACACAACACAUCAGAGUUUCUCAGCUUGCUGCGAAGCCGCAAAAUACCCCGAGCUGCCUCAAAGCGCACCAUGCCAACGCACGGCACACGAGAAAUGCUUGAUCUAUCAAGCAGCGCCAGUGCCGACGACAUGUUCGACAGCCUAGACGAUGUGCUUACAGAUGGGCCAACGGUCCGGCCGGUGCUGCGUGAGCCAAGCAGCCGCGAGCGCUCGUCAGCCAAGAUAUUUAUGAACAGGCAGAACAUUCGCCCAUGGGAGGCGAGUGAGGAGAGCAAUCUUCUUGAACAUAUUCAGGAAAUCUACACAACCGAUGCGAGCAUCAAGUGGGACCAGGUGGCUCUUAAGUUCGGGCGCACCAGCGUCGGCUGUAUGACGAAGUAUUACGCGCUUAAAUCAUUGUAAAGGGCAGCGAACAUGUAGUUGUAUAUUGCCAUCCCCCAUAUGAAAUUACAUCACCAUACAAACACAAUCGCAG